GUUGGUGGCUUUUCCUGGGAGAACUGCGGUGAUGGGAGUGACCCCGUGGUGCUGCAGAGCCUCUCCGUGGCGCCCGACCCCAUCACCAUCCCGGGGAGCCUGCGUGUCAGCGCGGCUGUCAGCGGCAGCAAGGCCAUGGCCUCCCCUCUGAAGGCAGUGCUGGUGGUGGAGAAGGCACUGGGUGACCUCUGGAUCCAGCUGCCCUGCAUUGACCAGGUGGGCAGCUGCACCUACAACGAUGUCUGCACCAUCCUUGACAACCUCAUCCCGCCCGGCACGACCUGCCCGGAGCCCCUGCUCACCUAUGGCAUCCCCUGCCACUGCCCCUUCAAAGCGGGCUCCUACUCCCUGCCAGCCAGUGACUUCAUCCUGCCCGAUGUGGAGCUGCCUUCCUGGAUGACCAACGGCAACUACCGUGUCCGGGCGGCCGUCAGCAACGGCGGGGGGGGGUAGCUCGCCUGCGUCAAGCUGGCUUUCUCCCUACAGUCCCAG